GAAUGUUGGUAGUCCGUGGCUAUAUAGUGAAGUUCUCGUUAUUACAUUGUGAUUCGUUAUGGUGUUGAAUAAUGGAAAUUGGUAGUAAUUUCCUGGAUUGUAUCUACAGAAGUAUUGCACACAAUUUUAUGCACUUUUUAUAUUUUCAAGUAACAUGUAUUACUUGGACGUUUCUUUGGAAUUUGCAGACUCUCCGAACAUAAAGAUUAGUCAUAUAUACUUAAAGAAAAACAUAUUACAUGCUGUAAAGCAAUUGUUUGGAGAAGAAGGAACCAAGUCAGUGAUAGACAUAUUAAAAUACGAUAUCCCAGAACGUAGAUUUGUUCUACGUUGUGAUAGUGACUUUUAUAUCAAAUUACGAGCAUCUCUAACAGUGGCAGGACAGUUUGAAGGCAAGCCAUGUGUAUAUAUCGUACACAGAGCAUCAGCAAAUCUACUUUCAUUUGUUGGUGACAGUAGAAACUAUAAACACGAAUGAGUGGAAUUUUGGCAGACCUUUUUUAUACUUUUUAUAUUUUCAUUGCUAUAUCGUGAUAUCAGUGAUUUAGAAAAAUCGUGACUAUAGAGGUUCUCUUCAAGAUUUUGAAUAAUUUCAUUGUAACGUAUCAUUCACAGUUUUCUCUUUAUUUUUUUUCUUGUUUUUUUUUUUCUUUUUUGAUAUUUGUACUUACUGCGUUGUUCGAUCUAGUGAAGCUUUUGCUCGAUAGAGGGCGUUAAGUGUGAGAAAUGCGCGUCUACGUAACGUAGGCGGUCCAGUGACGUCAGCUGUUAUCUCCCCUCCCCUCUUAAAAGUCGGCUCACCCGAUUAGUCGUCCAUACGUACAACAUUCCGUGGACAGCAGCACUACCAACACAGUGGCAGACUUACUUGAAUAGUAGAUAAAAGGAGAGAGAAAGAAAGAGAGA